AUACCUGCACCGUGGGAGUUAGAUGUAAGAGCCACUUCCCCACUGCAGGACCACCGUCCUGAGAGGUUGUUGUACAGCGGGGCACUGCGCCUUGGUAGUCACAACCGCAGCACGCUGCAAACCUCUAACAUUAGCCUGAAGAUGAGAUCGGUGUACGCCACAGACAGGCCACAGCCAACUGAUGAUGGUGGGAAUGCAGGUUCUUCUUCUGCAAGCCGACCUCCUCUAAGGCGGCCAUCACAGGGCUCUGUGAGUUUGCCUACGAGGCCCAGUAAGUCACGUCGUGUGGAGUCUGAGUCUGCGGCUCCAUCUUCACCACCCAGGCGGCGCGUCUCCGCAGUGUUGCCCCAGCCACUUCUGGACAUUUUGGCAAGUCCUCAAAGUGAUGAGCCACGAUCACCUCAGCUGUCUGAACCAACCAUCAUGGGCGAGGACGACCAGCAGGAACCUGACCAACAGGCUACCUUUACACUGCACCUGCAGCCCGUUGCUCCUACCCAGCCAACCCAGCAGCAGGAUAUGCCCCAAGCCUCCGUAAGCCCCCAAUUGAUCCCAACUCCACCACAGCAACAAAUGUCCGCAGACUUUUGGAGCAGUUGGGCCACACAACAGGUCCAAAACACUGCCUACCUGAACACACACACACAACACCUUGCCAGUCUGCCGCAUCAUCUACCUCGCAUUAGUAGGAACUCGGGCAGACUGAUUGUUCAGGUAGGCAGAAUAGCUACUUCAAUGGAGCAAAUCAGGGCGGACAACAUGCAAAUGCUGACAAAUUUAUCUCGAGUAAUCGAUGAGCAACAGCAGCAGCAACAAGCCCUAAUACAAGUCAUCCAGCACAACCAAGUAGUGACUGAAACUUUGUCCUGAAUUGUUGCCAGCCACACUGCUACCAAUAAUCAGCUGAAUGCCAGUAUUCACAAUCUUAGCCAAAGCAUUACUGUGCUGGCAGCACAACAAGUCAGCUCCAGCUCCGGAACAACGACCCCUAGCCAGACCCCAGUUACCGCCCCUGUUCGACGCUCAAGCAGAACACGGGCCAGCGACCCAGGACAAACUUCUGCACCAAGCACACACACCAAAAAAAAAUGAGUAAGACAGGAAAUUUGUUCAACACAAUAAAUGUUUUGCUAUUGUA